GCAAGGUAAAGCUGAUGGAACGACAAAGCAUUUAGCUGCUGGAGCCCAGAUGUAACCUUUUAACUGGGGCGAGUUUUCUAAGAAAUGAUUGCAAAUGUUCCUAUUUGAAAUGUGCUUGUCAGGAACGACUCUUCCACUUCCAUGUGAGAGAGGGUUUUAUUGCCCCAGUGGAUCAGCAUAUCAGCAUCCCUGUCCAUCCGGGACCUAUGGAAACAUAUCAGGACUGGUUGAGGAAUGGCAGUGUUUACAGUGUGACCCCGGGAUGUACUGCAGAGGAACAGGGAGGACUACCCCCACUGGGCAAUGUGCUGCAGGGUUUGUUUGUGCCGAGGGAGCCAGUGAACCUUCACCGUUAGACAAUGUGACAGGAUUCCCUUGCCCGCCUGGGUUCUUUUGCCCUGCAGGCACAUCUGUACCACAACCAUGCCCAAAAGGAACAUUCAGUGAGCAGAUCGGCAUUGUUGAUCAUUCUUUGUGUCGAGGCUGCACACCUGGCUUUUACUGUUCACAGCCUGGCCUUUCUGAAGUGUCUGGACCCUGCUCGCCAGGUUUUUACUGCUUAGAGGGAUCCCAGUCUGCUACUCCAAUGUCAAGUGUAUCGGGAGGUGUUUGUCCGGCAGGCCACUACUGUGCAGAGGGCAGCAGUGCCCCCUCACCUUGCCCGCCUGGUUUUUACCAAAAUAAGACUGGAGGAAAAAGCAAACAUGACUGCAAACCAUGCCCUCUUGGCUGGUUCCAGGAUUUGCCAGGGCAGAACGAGUGUAAUCCCUGUCCCCCUGGGUUCCACUGCCAGCCUCUGAAUCCCAGCCCCACCAGAGGGAGCUCUGCUGGAGUCUCCAGCCCUCUGCCCUGCCCAGCUGGUUAUUUCUGUCCAAAGGAGGAGAGUCCACACAAUCAGCCACUCCCGUGCCCCAAAGGCAGCUACAGCCCCUUGCAGGGUCUCACUAGUGCAGGUCAGUGCUUAGUAUGCCCGGCAGGGCAGUUUUGUGGCUCUGAAGGUCUGGUUGAGCCUUCAGGAUCGUGUGCUGCUGGGUUUCUUUGUCUGACGGGUGCCAAAGUGCCAAACCCCACUGACAACAGAACUGGAUCUCUCUGUCCACCUGGGAUUUUCUGCCAGCAAGGUCUCAGAGCAGGUGAUUGCUGGGUGGGCUUUUAUUGUGACUGGGGCUCCAGCAAAGCAGAUCAGGCUGUGUGUCCAGCUGGUUUCUUCUGCCCCAGUGGAACACCAGCACCGGUGCCUUGUCCUGCAGGAACAUUUAGCUCUCAAACGGGCAACACGCAUCAAUACAACUGCACCAUCUGUACCCCUGGAUACUACUGUCAAGGUGAAGCUACUGUCCAGCCUGUGCUGUGUCCUAUUGGUCACUACUGCCCUGCAGGUCUGACUCUAGGACUGGAGUUCCCUUGCCCACCUGGGACUGUGCAGAACCACCUCGGAGCGUCCAGUCCUGAAACCUGUCUCUCCUGCCCUGCUGGAAUGUUUUGCUCUCAGUCUGGGCAAUCCCAGCCGACAGGUCUCUGUGAAGCAGGAUACUACUGUCCUGCUGGAUCAACCAGUCCAAACUCUACUGAGUAUCAGGGAAAUUCGUCUGGAAGUCAUCUUUGUCCACCUGGCCUGUACUGCCCUGCAGGCACUGGCUAUCCACUCCCCUGCCCUGUUGGUUCUUUCUCCAUCGCUCAAGGACUAAAGGGAGUUGAUGAAUGCACACCCUGCCCCCCUGGACUGUUUUGUGACAGUCCUGCAAUAGCAAAGCUUUCACAAGCGCUCCCGUGUCAGGCUGGGUAUGUGUGCUUGGGCGGCAGCUCCAGUCCCACUCCAUCCAAUGGUCCCCAUGGCUACCUCUGUCCUGCUGGCCACAGCUGUCCUAUUGGCUCAGCACAUGAGGAGCCCUGUGAGCCUGGCACUUACAGUCCUGCCCCGGGAGCAGCCCGUUGCUUAUUAUGCCCCAAAGGAACCACGUGUCCAUCGUCAGCCACUAAAGAGCCCUCCGCUUGCCCCUCUGGUCAUUUCUGUCCUGCUGGGACAGCCCUGCCUCAGCCCUGCCCUUCAGGUACUUUCAACAAUCAGACAGGUGCCCACACGCUCUCUGCCUGCACACCCUGCCCCUCUGGACUGUACUGUGCCGCAUAUGGAGCCUCCAUACCACAAGGUUUAUGUUUGCAGGGUUAUUUCUGCCAUGGUGGAGCUAUGGAACCAGCCCCUCACAGCUCUGAAAACUUCCCCAGGAAUGGCCCUUGCCCUGUGGGCCACUACUGUCCAGCAGGGUGCCUCUCUCCAAUUCCAUGCCCUCUUGGCAGCAUUCGCAACUCCACGGGAGGUGUGUCCAUGGAGAGUUGUUCUUCCUGUCCUGCUGGCCACUACUGCUCUACAGACGGUCUGGCUAGCCCCAGUGGUCCUUGUGCUGCUGGUUUCUACUGCCCUUUUGACUUCUCUUCAACUACCCCAUAUGCAUUCCUCUGUCCCAAGGGCCACCACUGUCUGCAAGGUUCUGCCAUGGCCUUGCCGUGUCCCACAGGAGAGUACCAGCCUAACCAGGGAUCAGACAGCUGCAUUCCCUGCAGACCUGGUUUCUACUGUGAGGAGGCCAUAGUGGGAGAUCCACUACCCUGCCCACCACAUUCAUUCUGCCCUGCAGGAACAAUGGUACCUCAGCCCUGUCCUAAUGGGACAUACACCCUUUCAGAUCUGGGAGGUUUACAGGAAGAGAGAGAGUGUUCACCCUGCCCUCCAGGAAAGUUCUGCAGGUACACAGUCCCAUGCACGUCUUGCACUCUCAAAUAUUCAGAAACAGUGCACUGA